AUGACAGACCGGGGCCUCCGGAGGUUUGGGAGGAGACGGCGGGUUUUUUGGGUGAAAACACCUCCAGGUGGGCUUGGCGGUGAGGAUGAAGAGGACACGUACGAGGAAGCAGAACCUUACGUAGCGUCUGAAACCACGGUGUCCAACACAGAGAGGGCGGAGUCAGAGAGCAGUCACUACGAGUCGUAUGGUGAGGAAGAGGAUGAUGAGGAUGAAGGAGGCGGCCUUGUGAAGGACAGAGCUCACUACAUCCAGUGGAGCACCUCCCAGAUCAGUCUGCGGCCCACGCCGGAGUCCCGGCUCUGUGGGUACCUGUGGAGGAGGAAGUGGCUCGGACAGUGGAGCAAGCAGCUCUUCAUCAUCAAGAACGACAUGCUGCUGUGCUAUAAAUUUGCUCGGGAUCUGCUGCCCCAGCUGGAGUUGAACCUUCACGGCUGUCAGAUUGUCUACAAGUCGAAGAACAGCGCUAAGAUCCAACACCAGCUCAAACUGGUCCCAGUGGGCUCUGAGUCUCUGGUUCUGGGCUAUAGCAGCUUCCAGCAGGCGGAUGAGUGGAGGAAGGCGAUAGAGGAGGUGAGCACUGGAGGUGAAGAGGAGUCUCAGAGCUUCUCCUCUCUGAGUAAAUCUGAUCUGCGACUGUCCUGCAGGUCCAGUACAGUCCUUACUGACUCUGAUGAGGAGAAACCUUCAACUUACCGCAGCCUCAACAGAGACAAAGGAUUCCUGAACGUCCUGAUGAACUGCCAGUGGCAGAGUUUACAGUGUCAGGUGGAGGACGGCGUCCUCAACAUGUUCGGAGAGGAGAUGGAGAAAGACGAGGAGGAAGAGGUGAAGCGGUCACCUCAGUACACGGUCCAGCUCCGAGGCUGUGAGGUCAGAGACGACCCAGACCGCUCCUACAGGAUCACACUGAGCAUGCUCGGAGACCAGGUGGCCGUGCUGGAGGUGAGCUCAUUGGAGGAAAAAGAAAAAUGGCGAAAGCUGCUGCAGGACGGAGCUGCCAGUCGUGGUUACCAUGACAACAAGACUCAAGAGAACACAGGUGGCGUCCUCAGCGGGCUGCAAACGCGCCGGUUCCCAACCUCUAACGCCUACAUGGACGAUCCGUUCUGCCUUACCAGAACCACAAGCAGCCAGCCCCUCUACUCCAACUCCGCUCCACAGAAAGCCCUGCGGCACGGCUCUCAGGAUUCAGUUCACCGUAACUCGGUGUCGUCCAGAGAAUCGGUGACCUACAGCAACACGGUGCUGAGCAGCAGCAGCCGGAUGGCGCCGGCGGUGCAGCGAGACGUCCAGAAACUGAAGCUGGUCGACACGCCGGCGGUGCAGCUGAGAACCGGGUCCGAAACCAACCUGGCGCCUGCUGUGAAGCGAAACAAGCGCACCUCCUUCAGGCAGUCUCUGGCCAUCUGCACUGAGCGCGCUCAGGCGGGCUUCCUGAACCCUCUGCUGCGACGGACGGCCUCGGCCAAGAACUCGCUGAGACGAGCUCCUUCUGCGCUCUUCAUCGAACACGGGAAGGUUUUCCAGAGGAAGAAGGAAUGGGAGACCAAAGCUGCUGCCUGACGUUUUCCUCCUCAUCAGCAACCGUCAGGCCUGCAGGCGGCGGAGAAGCUCUGCUCUGAUUGGCUGCUUGGACUCUAAUCAUUCAGACUGGUUAAAGGUGACCAACUGGGCCAACUGGGCCAACUGGGCCAACUAGCUCACUGUUUAUUAUAAGCAAGAACAAAAUAACUUUCCAUGAUUCAUUUCUUCUGGCUUCAAUCUGCUCCUGCAACACGCGGUCCAGCGCCUGGCCCUUUAAGGCUGCCGCCCGCCUGCUUCUGAUUGGCUGUUAAGGAGUGGGAACAUACAACCAUAUAAGGACAUAUGGAAAACCUGCCUGAUUAGAGAUUAACUGAGGUCAGUUUACUCUUCAACUAAAGCAUGGAAAUGCUCAGCCUCAAACUCCCAGGGGCCCAGAGCGCCAGGGGCCCAGAGCACCAGGACAAACAAAUUUAUCAUAUAAUAGUUAGACAGGAGCUAACUAUUUAUUCAGAAGUAAAUAAAAAGCAUUGGAACAUCAUGUUAUUAUUAGUGACUGACAGUUUAUUCUAAAAUAAUUUUAAUCACUGAUGAACUGAAGAGCAACGAUAAAUAUAUUAUGUAAAGACACAAAUAUGCUUUUUAUGGUAAAGUAGGAUAUGAAACAUGAUCACUUUUAUGUACUGUAAAAAAAAAACACAACCACCUGCAAUCAUUUACUGGAUGAACGAACUUGGUGUGUUUUUGGGGCCUAUUUCACCCUGGGCCCCAGAAUCACUAGCUCUGCCCCUGGGGACCAAAAUGUGGAACCACAACUUUAGAAAUGUGUCAGAAAAUUGAUACAAUACAAAACAUAAGAACAUAAAAAGGAAAACAGUGAAAUUUUGUUGAAAAACUACAGAAUCUCUGAGCAACACAAAAAAAAACCAAAUAAAAAACAAAACAAAAACUUUUGGUUGUUUUUGUUGCCCUGGAAUAUUUUUUUUACGUUUUGUUUUUCAGUUAAUGAGUUUCCUAACAGAAGAAACCAUCAAAUAAUCAGAUAAUUAAUUUAUGUAGGACUAAUAGGAUGUUUUAAUUAACAGCAAAAAAAAACUAAAAAUGCAUUUUAAACUUUGUGUUGUUAGUUUAUAAGAUUCUUCCAGGAUCAGAACCGACAACCCGAUUCUGGAUCUUCAUAAACAUUGAUCCGUUUUAUCGGAAGCAGCUGAUUGGAGCUUUUUCUCAGGUCCUGUGAUGAGUUCAGGUGUUGCAGGAAAACCAGCAGCACAGAAACUCAAACCAUUUAUCGAAUCUUUUCUGAACAUUUUCAAGAUACAAAGUUUGUAGAAAACUUGAUUUUAUGAACUGUUUAAUGUAAACAGUUCAUAAAACGUCUUCACAGGUCUGUCCAACAAAUCAAUCAAACAGCUACAGCUGAUCCAGAAUGCUGCUGCUGGAGUUCUGACUAAAACCAGGAAGUUAGAGCACAUAACACCAGUUUUAAAGUCUCUCCACUGGCUCCCUGUAGCUCAAAGAAUAGACUUUAAAAUACUGUUGUUAGUUUAUAAAUCACUGAAUGGUUUAGCACCACAAUACAUUAAAGAUUUGCUGCUGUUGUAUCAACCUUCCAGAACCUCUCAGGUUCUGGUUCUGGUUCUGCUCUGUGUCCCCAGAACCAGAACCAAAUGAGGAGAAGCAGCAUUCAGCAUCUAUGCACCACAAAUCUGGAACAAACUUCCAGAAAACUGUAAAACAGCUGAAACACUGACUUCCUUUAAAUCUCAACUAAAAACCCACUUGUUUAGAGUUUUAUUGGAAACGUAAUCAAUUAUAAAUUUAUUGACAGAAUCUGAUUUAAUGUUGUUUUUAUUGUUGAUUCUGUGUUUCAUUGUAUUUUUUUGUGUUUGAUUUGAUGUAAAGCACUUUUAAAUGCCUUGCUGCUGAAAUGUGCUAUACAAAUAAAAAUUGAUUGAUUGAUUGAUUGAUUAAACGAAAAGAAAACAGCUCAGCGUCCAGGAGGAACGUCAUCUGGUUGCGAUGGAAACCCGCUUCCGGGAUGGAAACCAUUUGGCUCACAGCUGCCAUUAAAAACAGGAAAUCAGGGUUUCUGAUGUAGCUGCAGUGACCUCUGAUGGCCACAGGGGGCGCCAGACACCAGACUGUAAUGUCCAAGCAGCUCCUGCUGUUUUGUUUUCAUGGUUUAUUUUUCAUUUCUCAGGCAGAUUCGCUGAUCUGUUAUCACAGCAGGAGCUCAGAGACAUUCUUCUGUCCUGAGUGACUUCUCUGUUCAUAUUUUAAUAAAUAUUGUAACUAUUUUCAUCAUGUACUGAUCAGCACAAUGUAAUAACUGACUGAUGGUUUAUAUUUACCAGGAAGAAAUCAUUUUUUAUAUUUACUGUUCUUCAUACUCAGGAGAAAGUUUCUGUUUUUUAUAGCAAACACUGAUCUGUAAAGAUUAAAAUCUGAGUGGACAAUA